CCUUCACCACCAUUGGAGCGGCACCCCUCCCCCUCAUUUCUACCGUUCAAUCUUGCAGGCAUUCGCUUGUAUGAAUACGACCUUGAGUCCGCCGUGACCCUUUUUCUAUCCAUCCAUCACACUCCGCCAAGCCCACCUCAUACUUUUGUCGCUGAACCUUGUGUCCUGAACCAUUCUCUGCCUCUCGCUCCGUCCCUCUGUCUCGCUGGCCUGCCACCAAUUGCGACCGCCGUGCUGGCACACAUCGUUCCAAUCCGCCCGCCCUGUUCCUGUCACAUACAUAUAUCCGCUUGCUCUGGCAUUCCUCCGCGGCGGUCGCCCGACAUUCGCCUUCGACUCUCUACAUCGAUCCCCCACACAACCCGACGCGAACCACAGGCGCUAGGGAAGCCGGCUAGGAAGCAGCCAUGGCAGAGGACCCUUUCGUUACCAGCUCAACACAGCAAGCCCACAUUUACCAACCGAAGCCGCGCCGUGCUUUUCCUCCAAACCUCGACACCUCCGAUUCACCUACCCACGCCUACAACCCCACCACUCCUCCACACCUCGCCGCUCCCCAGAGUCGCCCAUCAGAUUUCCUCGCUCAAUUGAACGCACGUCUCCUCCGCUCCGCCAACAGUGAUCAGGAUGAUGAUAGUCCCACCGACGGCGGAGCUCAAGCUCCCUCGCGCAACAAGAGCUUGUUGAACAUGACAAAGGGAACUCUAUUUGGCAUUUACGACGAGGAGAGCAGUACGGCAGGCGAGCAGAGUGUGGUGGAAACACCGUGGGGGACCGGCGCUGAGACUCCGGGUGGGAGACCUUCGGCGGCCACCAAAUGGCAGAAUGGUCUGGGUAGUCCUGAUGGGGGUCUGGCCAUGAAAUCGCUAGAAAGACGAAGAACACUGGAUCGCCCCAAUCCACGGUCGCCAGGAAUCAGAGACACCUCGAUGAACCGCCGUUCACGACUAUGGAAUUAUUCCAUCGUCGCGGGGAAAUUGGCUGCUCUUUUCGUAUUCGGCAUGGUAUAUGGUAUUGUCGUCAGCCAUUUGCAUGACACGAGGGAGCUCGCUGCAGUGCAAGUCGAAAACAUAGACAGGGGGAGUUGGAUAUACCUUGCUAGUUGGGGAUUUGCCGGUCUCGCUCUAGGCAGUUCUUUACCCUACGUCGAGCUGGUAUGGGGCGAUGCGGAUAGACCCAGGGAAACUGCCAAGGCAGAGAAAGAGGCCGAGAGUGAAAACGAUACGAGCUUAAGUGAGCAACUGAACGAAAUUGUCAGGAGCAUAGCGGCUUUUGUGGGUAUUGCAUUCGCUAUUCGUCGUCUCCCCUGGCAAUCUACCCUUCAGCUAACCCUUACCCUCGCUCUCGUUAACCCGGCACUCUGGUAUAUCCUUGAUCGAAGCAAACCAGGCCUCUCUUUCUCCCUCAUUGUAACAUCAGUCCUCACAUCCUUCAUUUUUCUUUCCAACCCCGACGUCCUCCCCUCGCCUUCACUCCCGGCCACCAUCACAAACGCCACACACGUCUCGUCCCCAUUCGCCCCCACCACGAACGACGAACUCUUCGCAGGAGUAGUCAGCUACGAAACAUUGGCGGUCGUUACAUGGGUGGGGAGUGUGCUGUUCUGCAGCUGCGUUUGCUUCGGCAGCAUAGGGCGGCGUCUAGCUGUCUGGGAUCGAUGA